AGCAGUCACUGUUUGUUGCUCUUUGUUGAGGGCACUGCAGUGUCUUCAUCGCAGGUCAAACUGCCACUGCCACUCAGAUUGCCACGUUGUUUCCUUCCUCUUUCCUCGACUUGGUCUCUCUCCACAGACAUCCUUUAAGCACCAAUUUCAUUUCCUCACUCAUAAUAUUUUAAUUCUUAAUUUUAAUUAUUUAUUUAUCUUCCCUCUCACUUUCUCUCCUCUUUCCUUCAAACUCAGAAUCUUCAACCUGGUAAAUAUGGUUCUUCUUUCUAUUUUCAGUCCCAUGCUUCGCUUUCACUCAACAUAGAAUCUCUUCCUUUCUUGAUAUUUUUCCUUUCGUGGGUUGGUAUCCUAAUUGAAUGCUUCCCCUGAGGCCUUAAUCAUCAUCAAUUCUGCGUUAUUAUCAGUUCUGCUUUAUUAGUGGUUUUUUCUUUCUUUUUUUUUUUUCUUUUUGAAGUCUUCUGUCUCUCUCUCUCUCUCUGAUCUUUUUGAUGGGUGGGGCACUUAUGAAGGACAUCGUCAACUGAACAAAAGUGGGACUUUUUGUUUUUGGAGAUAAUAAGAAAAGAUAAUUAUGAACUCCGACACGUGCUACACUUUACUUUUAAUAAAGUUUCUUAGGAACCGUUGCGUUUUGAUGUUCGUCGUGCUUCUUGUCAAUGGUAGAACUGCACGAAAGCACUCUGAACUCUCUGAAUUCUCCUUCACACGAUCAACAUAGUGGCGAUUUCGCUGUUUUAUCAAGUGCUCAUUUGACGCCUCGUGGCUUUACUGUUUCAAAGAUUAUUUAAUUAUUGAUGGUGGGUAGUGGCAUGUUUGGAGUGUGUGAUGAUGAUGGUUUGAAAUUAAUCAACUUGGCUCUGUUGGAAGGCUUCUUCUUAUCGUCUUCGCUAUAGAGGCUUAGGGUACUCUCCUGAAUGGGAACUGAUGGCAGUGAACUGGUAGAGACAUUACCAAGUCCUUGCUCCUUUAAGGUGCAUCGUGGAAUGUGCACGGAACUCAGGAAAUUAGUUGCUAGAAUCCUGCGGAUAAUUCCACGUAUAGAAGAAGCACGCCCUUGCGGAAUGCAGGCUCUGUGUUUGCUCAACAGUGCAAUUCAUAAAGCCGCACAACUCCUGAUAUACUGCUCUGAAUCUAGUCAACUCUACCUGGCAAUGACAGGGGAUUCCAUACUCUCAAAAUUUCAAAAGGCAAGACAAUCGAUAGUGAAAAACUUAGUCCAGAUUCUGAAUAUGGUUCCCGUGAUGUUGGCUGCAGAGAUUUCUCGACUAAUUGGUGAUCUUGAGUGUGUUACAUUUGUCCUCGACUCAGCUGAAGUGGCAGCUGGAAAGGUUUUGAAACAAUUGCUCCAGCAAGCUUCUUCAACGUCAGAUCAAGAUUCAGUGGAAGAAUCUGAAACAAAACAUUUUCAAUAUGUAGCAGCAAGACUUAAUAUUACAUCCUCAUCGGCCAUCUUAAUAGAGAAACGAUCUAUUCAGAAGUUGCUAAAAAAGCUCAAACCAGAUGGUCAGCCAAAAGAGAUUGUCUUGAAAAAUCUUUUGUAUCUCCUGCUAAAGAACAAAAAAUACAUCACCGGGGAACAAAUUGAGGUCUAUUUGCAAAGUGAAGGACCAAUCACAACUCAGAACUCAGUUCAUGAGUCUCAAAGAAUCCUUGAUGUCAAGUCAGAACCAUACUUGAACUAUGAUCAGCAUAGAACUCAGGCCAAUGAGUUGGACAGAGUUACACCUCCUGAGGAAUAUACAUGCCCAAUAUCUUUAAGGUUGAUGUAUGACCCUGUUGUCAUUGCUUCAGGAGAAACAUAUGAAAGAAUGUGGAUACAAAGGUGGUUUGAUGAGGGUAAUACUAUAUGCCCAAAAACCAAAAAGAAACUGGAUCAUAUGGCAUUGACUCCAAAUGUUGUCUUCAAGGACCUAAUAUUAAAGUGGUGUGAAACUAAUGGAGUCUCCAUUCCUGACCCGAGUAGACAAGUGCCACAUUUGCACCCAUGGGAUGCUUCCUCCAAUUCCAUUAAGAGUUUUGGAAGUUCUUUGUAUGAUUUAAACUUCCAAAUGGAUCUUAGUAACGUGUCACUUGGAUCUUUAGACACCAGUUAUAAAUCAGAUUCCUCUCAUUCUAAUGCCAAUCAUGGCUUAGAUUUGAUAUUGAACACGAGCAGUGCCAAUUCUCGGAGGCACCAAUCUCGUGCACGGAUUCAUGACGUUGAUCUGAUGCCUUUGUCUAAACUCCAUGAACGUCGAUGGGAAUCUCAAUGCCAACUUAUUGAAGAUAUGAGAAUAGAUUUCAAAUGCAAUAACCAUAUCUUUUGCUCUGUGCCAUCUGAGAAUUUCAUUGACCCACUCACGAGAUUUCUGAGCACUGCCUGUGAGAGGCAUGAUGUAAAAGCUCUGAGAUCUGGAACUAUAUUGCUGUUGGAAUUUCUGAAGUGCUGCCGCAAUGGUAUGACCAAUUUAACUGAAGAUACAUGCAUUAUGUUGGCAAGUCUUCUUGACACAGAAGUGAUUGGUGAAGCUCUUACCAUAAUGGAAGAGCUGAAAGGAAAUUGGUAUGAGAAAGCUAACAUUGGAGCUUCCACUUUACUCACUUCUGUUUCAAAGAUCCUUGAUUUUGGUAGCAAGCAGUUCCAAGGAAAAUCUAUUAAAAUAAUGCUUAAUUUUUCAUGCAAUAGUCAAAUGUGUGCCUACAUGAUAUCUCUCGGGUGCAUCCCAAAAUUACUGCAAUUUUUUGGAGACAAAACCCUUUCGAGAGACUGUAUACAUAUUUUGAAAAACCUUAGUGAGACUGAAGAGGGUAAGGUUACUGUGGUUGAAACAAAAGGAUGCAUAUAUUCUGUGGUUGAAAUACUUGGGACUGGCAGUGACGAGGAAAAAGAACCGGCACUGCUUAUUCUACUCUCUUUAUGCUCUCAACGAGUGGAAUACUGUCAGAUGGUUAUGGAUGAGGGAAUUAUUCCUUCUCUUGUCGACAUCUCCAAUUCAGGAAGUGACAUGGCAAAGGCUUAUGCGCUUGAACUACUCCGUCUUUUAAAGGAAGACAGAGAGUUUGAGAAUGAAGACUGUUAUGAGCCAAAAUUCAACGCCUCUCAAGAAUCUACAAAUCGCUAUGAAGAAAAGAAAUCAUCAAAGAAACCUUCUAUUUUGAAGAGAUUGUCAAUCUUCUCAAAAUCAAGUUCAGUUGCACCAAAUAACAAGAGAUGAAAAUGAGUUUCCAUGCAUUUUGACCUUUUCCUCCUGCAUACCCUCCAGAACCUUUUUGUGGGUGGGGACUACAGAUUAUGUGUCUGAUAGGAGACAUUUUAAAUUUCUAGAUGGCAGAUAGGAUUUUUAGAUAGGCUCCUUGAAUAUUUGUGGUGAGUAUAGUUCAAGCCUUUUUGCACUCAAUGCCAAAUCUCGUCUUGAAGCAUGUGUGGCCUGCUGCAUAAUUUUGUUCAGUAACUGCCAACUGUAUAAAGUAGUGUUUUUUC